AUCACUGCGCACCAAUUUUCUCCAGCCUUUACAUUUGGAUCGUACGACUAGUCGUCCUUUCUCCUAUAAAGCUCUCUUUCCACGCUAUUCCUUCAUUUAUUUCUUCAAGUUCUUUCCAAAGUCUCUACACUGUCUGCACCAAAAAAAUUCUGGUCUCCAUGGCCUGCUCAGCCAACGAGUUGGCACAGCUCCUCGGCCCCAACUCUACAGCUGCUGCCGACUUCAUCUGCUCUCGCUUCACUGCCUCUGAUAACAACUUCACCGCUACCAGAUAUGCCGUUGACACUACCUAUCUCCUAUUCUCAGCCUAUCUCGUCUUCUCCAUGCAGCUAGGUUUUGCCAUGCUUUGUGCAGGCUCUGUUCGUGCCAAAAAUACCAUGAAUAUUAUGCUCACCAAUGUCCUUGACGCGGCUACUGGUGGCCUUUUUUAUUACCUCUUCGGUUUUGCCUUUGCCUUCGGUACCGGUGGCUCAGAGAAUGGCUUUAUUGGCAAACACCACUUCGGCCUCAAGACCAUCCCAUCUGAAGAUUUGGACUACAGCAACUUUCUUUACCAGUGGGCGUUUGCUAUAGCUGCUGCUGGGAUUACUAGUGGCUCAAUUGCCGAAAGAACACAAUUUGUCGCUUACUUAAUUUACUCGUCCUUUUUAACUGGCUUUGUUUACCCAGUUGUGUCUCACUGGUUCUGGUCUACUGAUGGAUGGGCUUCUGCCUUCAGAACUGACAAUCUCUUGUUUGGUAGUGGAGUCAUCGAUUUUGCUGGAUCUGGGGUGGUGCAUAUGGUCGGUGGUAUUGCUGGGUUAUGGGGCGCUCUCAUUGAAGGCCCAAGAUUAGGUCGUUUUGACCAUUCUGGCAGGGCCAUUGCUCUACGUGGUCACAGCGCUUCUCUGGUGGUUCUCGGUACUUUCUUGCUCUGGUUUGGAUGGUACGGAUUCAAUCCGGGGUCAUUCAACAAAAUCUUGGUGGCUUACACUGAUGGGAGCUUCAACGGCCAAUGGAGUGCAGUUGGACGAACUGCCGUUACCACCACCUUAGCCGGUUGCACUGCAGCCUUAACCACUCUUUUUGGGAAAAGGAUGUUAUCUGGUCACUGGAAUGUAACAGAUGUGUGCAAUGGUUUGCUUGGUGGAUUCGCUGCCAUUACAGCUGGUUGCUCCGUGGUCGAUCCAUGGGCCGCAAUAAUCUGCGGGUUCGUAGCUGCUUUGGUAUUAAUUGGCUGCAACAAGUUGGCUGAGAAGUUUAAGUUUGAUGACCCACUUGAGGCUGCUCAGCUUCACGGUGGUUGUGGAACGUGGGGAGUGAUUUUCACAGCCUUGUUUGCGAGAGAAAAGUACGUGGGUCAGGUUUACAAGCCAGGUCGACCAUACGGGUUAUUCAUGGGCGGUGGUGGAAAGCUUUUGGCUGCUCAUGUCAUACAGAUUCUGGUGAUUACUGGUUGGGUGAGUGCCACUAUGGGUCCAUUAUUUUAUAUUCUUCACAAGCUUAAGCUUUUAAGAAUCUCAGCUGAAGAUGAGAUGGCGGGUAUGGAUCUGACCCGGCAUGGUGGUUUCGCUUACGUCUACCACGAUGAAGAUGAGUCUCAAAAGAGUGGAAUGAAGCUUAGGAAAAUUGAACCCUCGGCCACAACUCCCAAUUCAUCACAUGUUUAGAUUUUCAUUACUUUUUUUUUUUUUGAGAUUUUUAUUAAAUAUUAUCUUUUAGAUAUUGUGUGUGAAAAUCAAGGAAUUGGUUGGUGGGUGGUGCUUGUUAGGUUAACGAAGACUUGGACUAGAAUGGGUUUAUUUUGUAUCCGUAGUUAUACAUGUUAACAUGAAGAAGAUGAAGUGUAUGGCUCUGUAAUAUAAAGCAUUGGAUAUCAAGGUUUGAUGAGUGGCUACGUAAUCCUAAUGGGAUUGUAUUGUUUUCUAUUCA